AUCAAUACCAAGGUUCAUUUACUCGUAGUUGUUGCUCCCACUGUAUCUCCGUCGUCAAGACAUACCUGGUCCAGUCAUAUCGUCUGGUCCAGAAGUGUAUGAAAUCUCGAUGCAUCACGACCUAAGAUAGCGCCCUACGCGCUUUUCCACCCACACAAAAUGAUUGAUUUCAUGGACUACAUAGUUCAUGCGUUCGGUACCUCGACCGACUGGAACAAAGACAACAGCUACUCGUCCUUGACCGCAAUUUCCGACGCUAUCGUCUCCUUCGAGACACCCUCCACUCUCGCACUGCAUGUCUCGUCCUUGAGUACACCCAAUUUCGCAACGAGUUACACCCUCUCAACGUUAGGUCAGAUUGAUGGCUCGAUAUCGUACCUCUACUCGACGGUCCCACUUGCGCACAUCUCCUCGCAGACGACGAGUAUACCGCUGCAUCAACUGGUACGAGGGUACAGGGAUAUCCGGCUGCCGAUCGGUGUGCAGGAAAAGAGACAGCCACUAAGCAAAGAUGAGAGGAAACCAACACUGCUGCACGCGACGUUGGCUCUGCCCCCUCCGUCCGUCUUGACGGGCUUAUACGCCCGGCGCGUCAAUCCAGACACGCUCCUCUGUUUGUCGCUGUACAGCAAAUCACUCAGCAGUCCAGUCGUGCAUGGUCCACCACCUGCAUCGGUACUCGCACACGUCCAGCACGAUACAGGCCGGUAUUCAGUCGAAGGUCUGGGAUCCACGGAUAAUGCAUUACUCGGAAUUCGGGGUCUAUGGAAUUUCGGUGUCGCGCCGGAACCAUCCUCGCAGGACGAGGAUAUAGUCGUGGGAGAUCUGACGGACUUUCCUACUGGUUUACCACUCCCGCCACAACUCAAUGCUAUGACCGCUUACCACAACCGCCUCGCAUCGAAACCCUCGCUUCUGUCUGCUGGAGCAGAAUUCUACUACAGUCCCUUCUCCCAUGUUAUAGGACUCUCGACGGGGUUGCGCUUCACGACGCUGGCACCGCAUAUCACACCUUCAGAUCCCCCGUCUCGCCUUAGUCCAACAUCACCGAACAAACCACUGGCCGGCACAUCCGCUUUGUUGCUGUCGAGCGCAGGCCAAAGUCUCCUCACACCCUCUGGCAUUUCGCACUCGUCGUUUCCGUAUACCAUGACAUUGACAUGUACUCCGCUCACGGGAUCCAUAUCAUCAACGUACUCUGUCCGACCGACGCCGAAUUUGGCAUUGUCAUCACGCUUCGAUUUCAACUUCUACUCAUGGGAGUCGCGGUACGUGGUUGGCGGGGAGUUGUGGCGUCGCGGCAGGACCGCAACCACCACUGACCAGAGUGACAAUAUCACGUGGGCAAGGACACGGACACAAGACUGGUUCACAAGGGCCGAGCGCGAUCUCAAGGAACAACGCGUCCAAAGGGAAGAAGAGAAUGUGUUGAAGUUCCGGUUCGAUGAUGGCUGGAAUGUCAAGGCUUUAUGGACGGGGAGGGUCAAAAGUCUGCUUGUGAGCGCUGGGGUGAGUGUCUCGCCGAUAGUUCGAAAUGCUUCAGCCCCAAUCUCGCUUGGUUCUGUUGUCGCGAGGUCCAGCGAUGGUGAUGGGGGUGUAAGCAUUAAGAGGUGGACGGGCAGCGUGGGUGUCAGUGUCGCUUAUUCUACGUGAUACACAAUUUGCUUGUCAUGCAUAGCGAAGGUCAUAGACACGGUUUGAUUUGAACAUGGAGCCAAAAAUAUACC